AUAUUGGUGUUAACGUUUUGAAAAAAGUUAUCCGGCGACAGUCUUUAGCAUCUCAGGGUCUGCUGCGGCUCCGGGAGGGAUGUUGAUGAACAGAGCCGGGCGGAGGUUCGAGCAGAAGAUCCGGCACUUGCGGACCGCCGUACAAAGCCGCGGAGAAGAUGAAGGCGACUGGCUCUACUCUUCCGAGUGGUGGGACAGCAACGGCACCGGUGGAAAAACUGUUUUCCGAUCAGUUUCCGACAAGGGAAACGGCGAAGUUUCCGUCUUAGCUUACCCUUCAUCCAAACCAGACAAAGUUUACUGGGGGAGAACAGAGAAGUGGCUACAGGAAAGGUUUGCUGAGUUACAUCCAGGUUAUAAUGGACACCAUGAGAAUUUCAAGAUUCUUGGUUACCAGUGGCGGGCUCUUCGGUUUAAUGAAGAAACUCGCCAGAGCACUGUUAAAGUAAUGUCUUUUUACAGAAAGUCAGAUCCGGAUUCUUUGUUCUUGAUGCAGCAGCCACAUUGCCUGGCCAUUCCAUAUGUAAAGAGUAUGAUUUCUUCUGGGCUAGCGACUAUCUCAUCUUGCAACUAUGAUCUACUGAAAGCUAUAUGUGGAGCGAAGAAGAUGAAUAUCUUGUGCAUAGGUCAUGGUGGAGGAAGCAUACCAUUAUUCUUAGCAAGUAAAAUUCAAGGUGCUAUGGUGCAUGAUGUUGAAAUUGACCCUACUGUCAUCUCAGCUUCAGUGCAAGCCAUGGGGUUUCCAUCUUCUUCUUCUUCACUUGUGACUUCUCCUCCAUCUACCAACUCCAUCCAAGAAAUGCUGUGGAAAGGAACGCACGAGAGGAUCCGUUUGUACGAAUCAGAUGCCGAGCAGUUCAUUGCGGACCCCACCCGUCCGCAUUACGACAUCGUUUUCAUCGACGCAUACGACGGCGACGAUGUCUUCCCCUACAAGCUCUGGGACCCACACUACCCGUUCCUCAAGGCCUUAGGCGACCGCCUCCACCCCGAGCACGGGACGGUGAUUGUGAACCUCCACUCGGACGUGGACUAUAGGGCCGCCGCCGCCAGUGGAUCCGGCGGCGGCGGCAGCCACUAUUUGCCUAUGGGCCCCUACAUGAAACAAGUGUGUGGGGCCUACAAGGAGGCGUUGCUCGGGAAUGGGAAGAAUUCGGACGGUGUGGCAUACGCCGUUUCUGUGCCGUGGGUGUGUAACACGUCUCUCGUUGUAGCUAGGGGUUUCGGAAAAGGUGAGAGUGGAAGUUGUUUAAACAGAGUAAGUGUUUUGAAUACACUGAUGAGCAAAGCCAUUGAAGUUGAGAAUGCUCUUGGCUUGCCGUUUUCGUGUUUGGGAUAUAUCAAAAGAGGCUUUACUCUUGUGGACUAAAAUUUUGAUCCAUCAUUAGUUC